AAGCCAGGCUUUAUCCUGCUUGCCUGUCCCGCACACUUAGACCUCACAGGAAACUCCCCCAGCCUUCACACACUCACUCAUUAUCACUUACCACACUUUUUACUCUCACACAGAGUCUCAACGGCUUGCUGAGUCUGACCAGAGAGGAUGCCUGCGCCCAUGUGGAGAAUGAAUGGGCUCUGGAGAAGGAUGGCUGGAGUUCUGGUGCUCAGCGCUCUACUGCUCAGCAAUGAGGUGAUGUGUCAAGGCAAUGCAACUACAAAAGAAUCUUCAGUCGGCACUACUGGGAGCCUUGCUCCAAGUACCACUGCUUCAUCGAAUGUAAGUGUCACUCCUGCUGUUGCUGAAAGUUCUGCUACUUCUGGAGGUUCUCCAGCGACCAAUGUACCAUCUACAGUCAGUUCUGACAAGCAGGAUGGAGGCGCCUCAGGGAACACGACCAUACUCAAAGCCAAGGAUUCACAUGCUGAGCUUGGUAACCCACCACCACCAGGUGGUUCCUCUGUAUUUGUGGGCAUACUGGUCAGUGGUCUGAUUGCCGCCCUUGCAAUCACUUUAGGUUACUUGAAAUGCAAACGCAAGUCUGACACGAAGGGAGUGAGGCUGGCAGAGGAGGCCUAUCCAGUAGAUCAGGAGAACCAGGGGAACACUCUUGUAUCUGUAGCCCCCCUCAACCCACCUCCAGAAACCCAGGAGAAACCCAGUGUAAAUGGAGAGUCCCCUGAGGCAGACAAGACCCAGCCUCCUCCUCCCACCAACGGCCACUCCACCACCAAGACAGCCGACACAGAGCUGUGAAAAAGUCUACAAAUAAGCCCAGGAAAUACCCCCACAACCCCCACACACAAACACACAUGCACACAUGCUUAUGCAAACUCACCUCCCUCUCUGAAUCCACUCCUGCCCAACCAUAUAGUCCACAACAAAGUGAACAUCAGGGACUAGAACAAUCUCCCACAUUAACAUAACUCCUCUCUUGUUAUGUUCCUCUUUUGGCUAUGUGCCUCAAUGAAUAUCAGGAAAAGUAGUCUGAUGACGAUGAUGAUGGCUGUGAUGAAUGAUGUUGAUGAUGAUGAAGGCUCAGUCCCUGGUUUGUUGGCAGGUUGGAACGAGAGACAGGAGAUGGGCAGCUAUGGUUUGAAGGAGAGUGUAUUUCAUUGAAUCAGCACUGGUUCCCAUGAUGACUGCAGCCCCUGAAGUUACAGCCAUGUGCUGGCAACACAUAGCCGGUCUCUGCAUGUCAUCAGGUUUAAAGCUCCAGUCAACUCUUCACUAGUACAGCAUAAGAACAUAAAUUAAACUGUUCCUAAGUUUAGUGUAAAGCCAUGACAGACAGAGAGGAAAUAAAUCACACUGCCUUGAAAUCUGUUUACAAAUCUCUCAGAGAGAAAAUCCGUUGGGCCCUGCCUGAUUGAGUUACUGAUUGUGUAUGAAUGUGUGUACGUGUGUCUACAAAUACUUGCAUGUACUGUGCACACAUACAUUUAAGCUUGCUUACUGUAUGUAUGUGUAGUUGAUUGCAAGUCGUGGAUUUUGAUAAAGUAUGAGUGAGUGAAUUAACAAGUCUGAAUGUGCAUGUGACAUCCUCUAUGAAAAGUGUACAAUUUUGUAAAAUGAAGUUGACAAAGUGAUGGCUCACCGACUUGCAGUGAGGAUGAAGGAGUAUUGAAGUUUUAAUUACAUCAUUUUCUUGAAAAGGGGUAGCUGCAAGGAAUUCUCCAAUAUAUCACUGCAAACUGUAGUGAAAUCAAUCACAAAGCCAACAGGAGUCUUUACAGUGGCUUCAUAGUUGCUGCUGAAACUGUCUGACCAGACUCAAAAAGACCUAGGACGAAGAGCCUCUUACUGUCAGCUCUGUCCAUCCAUUUGUCAGUGUUAUUCUCUUUUCAAUAUACUGAAUAUGCUCUUUUUACUAUCAGCAUUCUAUUGAGCAGUAUGUAUAGUAUGGUGCCUUUUAUGUCCUGUUUUUAUUUUUUGUACUGACAUGUAUUAAGUUCCUACUAUGUGCCAAAGAAUUUCAUUUCAUAGCAAAUGUUCUGUACUAAAAUCUGAUGUUCUUUGGAAUUGUUUUUGUCCUGUAAAUCAGUCAGUAUUUACUGAUAUACCUGCGAUUUAAUACCAACAGAAACUGCAAUGUUUUUUAGUCGAACUGGGACACACUGAUAUAUAAAUGGGAUGUCUUGCAUUGAUUUCUCCUUUCAGUCCAUUUUGUAUCUUGUCAUUGCUAACAUUCCAAUGUGACUGUUUCAUUUUACUAGCACCCUGUAGUUUAAAUUGGUAAAAUAAAAAACUUUUUUUAUGAA